CGCGAGUUUGUGCCUGGCCCCCGGUGAAGAGAUGACCAUAUGGGCCGGGCCUGUUUAAGGCCAUUACCCAGUGGACGUCCAAGCCUUCCCGCUCUCGGAGGUCAUGGACGGAGGUUGCCCGCCUACUGGAUGUGGCGGCGGACGGAGACCUUCUCUCUCUAUGGAAUAUACAACCGAUGCACCCCCUCCUGCUUUGCACCCCUCGACCGGCCACUCGGCGGGUUACAUUCGCGUCGAGCUUCAAGAGUUGCAGGGAGCCGAUCGGGGUAGGAAAUACGGUGUCAAGGACCGCCGACCUCUCGACCCGCCCCCCGUCGUGCAGCUACGGCUUCACAGGACGAUCGAUAUCGGAGGCAACAACUUAGUGGAAAGAGAGAUAGAGGACUACAGGGAUGUUCAGGUUUCUGGCCUGAUAUGUCAUAUCGACGCAUAUCCAUGGCCAGAAACACCUCAGGGAGCAGGCACGCAGAUUACCAUACCAUCGGACGAGACCCGUCAAAACACCUCGUUGUCGGCGCAGCACACGUCCUUCACUUGGAGGACUGCCGUAAGGCCGGCCCACCCUGUACCCCCGACUCUGGAUGACCUGCCAGCCUUUCGGCAACCUGAAAGGCCGGACCCCGACCCAGUCCUUGCCGUCAUCAAUGGACUGGCGAUACGAGAAUCUCACUCAGUGACGACCGACAUAGUUGGUACCCGGGCGGUGGAGGCGCAGAUAAUCACUCACGAAGCCCAAUAUAUCAUCGUGUUUGUGUUUGCAGAUCUUGCGAUGAAACGCGAGGGGAACUUUCUGUUCAGAUACAGGGCAUUUGACUUGCUAUCGCCCAACAAAGAACACAUGGUAGCCGAAGGAAGGGCCCCGAUUCCGAUGCUGGCCGAGUGCUUCUCGCGAG